UGCACCUGAAUUAAUAUCUUUAAUUCUGUUUUCCAUGAAGUUCCUUCUUUGAAUGAAGUAACAAAUUUGCUUCAAGGAACCACUUAACCAAAGGCGAAGAACCCAGGAGAGGGCUGUGGAUUUUUCAGUUUCCUCUUCUGAACCAUCUUCACUUUGAAGAAAAUCUUGGCUUCCAGACUAGACAGUCACACUUGGAACCAUGAUGCCUAAGCAGUGCUCCCUGGGUGUCCUCAUCCACUUGUUCCUGACUGGUGUAGCAGAAUCUCAGCCAGUCCACAAACCUCAGAAACCUCAGAAUGUCCAAUUUCAGUCCCAAAAUUUCCACAACAUUCUACACUGGCAGCCUGGGAGCGCUUGUCCUGACAACAGCAGUGUCUACUUUGUGCAGUACAAAAUAUAUGGACAAUAUGGAUGGAAAAACAAGGAGGAUUGUUGGGGCAUCCAAGAACUCUCUUGUGACCUGACCAAUGAGACCUCGGACCUACAGGAGCUUUAUUACGGGAGGGUGAGCACAGUCUGGCCCGGAAAGUUGUCAGAUUGGAGCAAUUCGCCACGCUUCAUGCCCUUGUGGGAAACAAAAAUUGAUCCUCCAGUGGUGAAUAUAACCCGAAUUAAUGGAUCUUUGUUGGUGAUUCUCCAAGCUCCAAAUUUCCCUUUGAAAGACCAAAGUGGUACAUCAGUGGAAAAUCACUAUCAACUAAUAUAUCGCAUUUUUAUAAUUAAUAAUUUGCUUAAAAAGGAACAAAAGGUUUAUGAAGGAGCUCAAAGAGUAAUUGAAAUCACAACUCUCACACCACGCUCUAGCUUCUGUGUAGUGGCUGAAACCUAUCAGCCCAUAUUAGAUAGACAAAGUCACAGAAGCAAAAAGAGAUGUGUGGGCAUCCUGUGA